AUGGUCUCCUUUCACCGAUUCCAGAGUGCCGAAAUGCUGGGCCGAGGAAAUGAUCACAUGACCAGGGAAACAAGUGAAGCCUGGCACACCAGUACGAACUCCAUCGACCGCUGCGUAGCGCUUCCCGAAGCCUACCAGGCCCUCCGGACGCAGCUCAGAGAACUGGCGAGCAAACGCGGGUUACGAGGAGAAAGGAACCCAAUUACGGCCGGGUCCAUGGGGGACACAAACGCAGCUGCACUUCAACUUGGAUCUGGCGAAGGUGCGAUCGUCACAACAGUCGCGACACCCACUUGUCCAGCCGGUGAGAAAACGGACGUUCGCAGUAACAGAAACGGACCCGACGAAGGUGCCAGCGUCACUGCCACUCAUCCGGCAGGUGAGAACACAGGCCGUCACGAGGUCGUAAAGAAGACUGCCAGCCUAGGACGAGAACUAAGAUCCAUGCGAACACGUGCGAUGACGGCUAGCGCCCGAACGCCCCCCCCCCCCCGACGAGAGGUAAACCCGUUGAAAGGAGACCAUCACCACCUAUAAAUACUGUGAGGCGUGGUACAAAACUCACCUCCGACGAUGAAAUCUUGUUUGAUUUUGAAACGUCAGGACAAUACAACUAUGGUUCCCGAGAUCGUCUCUUCUUCUCAUGUAUGUCCGGGGACGCGCAUCUUCGCUUCUAUCAUAUAUAUAUAUAUGAAGGCAAAUAGUUUUUUUCGGAAAAGAAGAAAACUUUACUUAGUAAAUCUUUGACGUCGGUCGCCCUCCAGACAGAAGAAACGAGUUUUCAGAUUGCACCAAUGAAUGUCUAAUUUGGAAAAGAUAGGGUGGCGUAAGGUUUGACGAGGGAGUGUCAGCGUAGUCACUGGAAGUAGUUUGUAUCAGAAGUAAAUGUGGUGCAGUCCACUUUCGCCAGCAUGACCAUACUUUACUUAGAAGGAUUACGCAGAACGAAGGCCUUAUCACUGUCAGAUAUACCAUACCGCCUGGGUGAUAAGUCAUUGCCAACACGAUCUCUGUCCAUGAAUGUGAAACCAAAGCUGUUUCCGCGGCCAGUUUAUCCCCGACCAAAAUAUCGCCAACAAAAUCUGCGAUUAACUCGAUCAUGCCUACUGACAAAUCCGCAUAGAGUUUUACCUCAGAAAGUCUUGUCGGCAUCUUCGGGAUGGUGAAGAGCCGACUGUUUCAGGUAAUGGCAGAAGUUAUAUUUUGCUCGGGUCUGGAAGGUUUGGUGAGAAGAUCGAAGCACGUGGAAGUCGUGACUUGCCUGCAAAAGAUUCAUUUAUUUAAAAAAUGUAAGUCCCUGUAGGUUUUCGGACGGUACUUCAGCACAUGGAACGCCUUCAGUCAGUCAAUACUGCCACCUUCCUUCUAUUAUACAAGUGCAUGGGACAAUCUUUAUUAUGUCCCGAAAUAAAGGUUUUCAAGCAAAGAAAAAUAAGAUGGCUGAUUAAGCACCGCAAGGAUUUUUAUUUUCUUGAGCUUUUGAACUCAUACUGGAGUCCAUCGUCAGAGAUAAAGCAGCCACAGAACAGCCGACAGUUAAAAGGGUGCCAGCCAAUCAGGGAUAAACGACGCAGGUCUGGAGGUCACUGCGCAGGGUUCUAUGCCAUCACCAGAUCGACACGUAGAUUGGCUGGGUUCCCGGCCGAGGUCGAGGCUACAAUAAAUUCCUGGCAUAUCUUGCGUCUAGCAUGGGUUAUGAUCUUCUAAACCUAGUCCCCCAACAACGCCUUCGGUGGCUUCCGGGAAGACCUUGAUGUAUGGCGGAGCAUGCCAUACCAGAGGUGUUGUUUCUCUUUGCAUCCUCCGGUUUACAAACGCCUUUGAACAGCCAUUCCGCAUAAAAGGGUCAUGCGGACAUCGUGUCUCGCGUGAAUUCACCUGCAAUGAUCCUGGGUCCGUUUGAAGAGCAUUCUCACCCAUCUUCAUUUGCGAGUCAUCGGAUGGUUGCUGUGAAAGCUCAGAAGUUGCUUGGUUUUAGUUAUUUUCUUGUGAAUUGCCGCCUCACUUCCAGCUUUAAGACGUUGCCAGACGUGCACAUUAAGGGAGGGCACCUUCUGCUCCUAUUUUUCUUCCUUUGAGGAUUGUAUACGCGGGAAUAGUUUAUUGAGUAGGUUAUGAAAAUCCUACAGCAUGUUCCUCUUGGCGGCAACAAACUGGUCGUCAACGUGGCGGCGUAUGUCGAAUAAAGGUAGUCUUUUCCAGAUCUUGUAACGCUAGUUCUGCCACUAAAUCGGAGACCUGGGAGCGAACUGGAGUCCCCUUAUUCAGCUCACAGGUUCUUUUAGUGGAAGUAACUUUUUUGGCAGAAUUUGAACAACCUCAUUAAGAUUGCCGAUUUCUGAGCAGACUCUAGGCCUCGUCGAAUGCCUCUUUUAGUUUCCUGUGCAGGAGUUCGCGCACCAAAUUAAAUGGGCUGAAUGCAAACAACGGCGUCACGUCGAAAGAGACCAUGAUUUCGUUCGAUUGAAUCCCGCUACCCUGGAGGUGGGGGAAGUGAGGUAGUCGAAUAGCCUUGGAGGGACUUCUGUUCUAAAUACAUCCACUCUGCUAAAUUUUACAUAUGGCUGAAUUUUAGAGCAACAAUUGACUGCAAUGAGGCAUUUGGUUAAGGGGUUUCAGUUAAACCGGGGAAUCAGGCUAAAACGGUGUCAGUCGUUUUCAGUUGGCAGCAUUUCCUUAGGCCUGAAUAUGGGGUAUACGAAACUCACACAAGUUGAGCAUGGGCAUCUCCCGGCGUCAUCAAACCUCGCCCUACCGAGUUUGCGUUGGCUAUUGUAUGACUGAAUUCGGGUGGACACAACGGCCAGAUGAGCGAUUACUCGUAAACAAAAUUUCCUGCGCACAUAUAGAAAUACUUUUCCUCUGCUCACUAAUGGUGUGCCACCAUUAUUUUUAAGUAUCUUAAUGACAGUCCUUAAAAUUACAAAAUAUCUCAGUCCCUGUUUCCAAAUAGUGCGGAAACUGACUACGGGCUCUUCAAAACAGGGACCCAGUUACUCCAGCCCACAAACAAGUCAAUUAAACAAAAAUGUUCCGUUAAUGUUCCUGUAUUAUGUCUAUGCAUUAUCAGGUACUGGGUGCGGAUUUGUUUUUACGCGAACUGCUCUUAUGGGAUCUCGGAUUGCCGAAGAGUUGCGGUUUCAAAAGUCGAUAACUUCGGGCGUCAGUAACAUACGGGGCGGGGAAGGUUUGCGGGGACAUUAUUUUAUGGACACUUUUAUCGCUAGCGUGUCAGUCGAGGCGUCAUUAAUGUCCGCUGGGUGAAAAUUGCCUGUUAGGAGCUCGGCCUUCGCGUGCAUGCACUGUUAGGACUGUGGCCAUAAAAUACCCUCAGGCGCAAAGGUGCCUGACUUGUUUGGUUUCAACUACCUCUGUGGGGCCUGACGUUCAAUCAACCCUUCGCAAAACUGCACCAAAGGAUUGCACGAAAGACUACACUGAGCUCGUAGACGCUAUUAAGUCAUGCCAAGAGGCAUUCCGCAUUUGUGAAAAAGUUUCAUUCCAUGCCAGUACUCCUGUCAUUCUUCCAGCUACCACAUCAGAGGGAACACGUGUGAGACCAUACUUCCUGCAGGAAGUCGUUUCAGAGCAUGAUCUGGCAGAAGUUUGUAAGUACCAACAGACUUCUGAGAACUGUCAGACUCGACAUUUCCGGAGCACCAUUCGCCUAGAACCGUCAGCGUCCGCCGUUUGCUGAGUGUCUUUUAAAGGCACACAAUAAGAGAGGGGUGGGGAGAAAAAAUAUUUUUGUGAGUAGGGAAGUAGACUGUUCGACUAUCGAAACCGUUUCUUUAUUUGUCUGAUCUUUCGAACUCGUGCAGAAGUCCAGAGUCAGAGAUAAAAGCGACAACGGGACAUGGAACAGUUGUGGGGAGUAAGAAUCAGUCGAAUAUCAGUAACGCCAUUUCGGAGGUGAAUUGCACAGGCAAGAGCAAGCAUUUAUAACAGAUAUGCGCCAGUCAAACAUCAUUAAGACUGGUCUAAAGGUGACUGCACAGGGCUCUUUAUACUGGCUCCAGACCUAUAUACCUAUUGACUGAGAGCUCACCUGAGGCCCAGGUUACAAUCGAUUCGCGGCUUGUUUUCCUUCUGGCGUGGACGACCAUGUUCUUAGAUGCGACGUUAGACUCGCAGCCCGUUGCGUAGGUGUGGGCAAUCACUUGUCACCCCGUCACCCAACCACCUUAUGUCCAUGUAUGCGCGAUCUCAGCAUGAGUGCAGGCUGUCCUGUGUACGUACAUGAGCAGUCUAGGCACGGGAUAGGAUACAAGACAUAAGACCGUUUCGAGGGUCUGGAACAGCGAGCUUUGAGAUAUUCCUCACUAACAUGAAAGAUUAACAAAACCUUUACAACCAAACUCGUCUAUAAACCCUCGGCGAUUUUCACGAAUUUUAAUCUCAUCUCCUCAUCUAGAUCCCAAGCAACCUGUUGACGAUCAUGGCGGAUUCAUCUGUUUUUGCCAUCUGCUACUAGUUUGGUCGGUCAGCGAAGAGGUAUCAUGGUCGCAUCUCCCCGCGCUUUGAUGUUUCUUGCAGCCUUUAUCGUCCCCUGCCCGCCUGAACUUAACGCAGACCGUGACCGAUCACCGUGCUUUCCUCCUGCCUCGCCACCUUGA